GGAGCCGUAGUUGCAGCUGCCACGGGACUCCUCGUCUUCUUCCUGUACUCCUCUAUCCACAAGGUUGAGGAGGGGCACCUGGCCGUGUAUUACAGGGGUGGUGCAUUGCUAACUAGUCCGAGUGGCCCAGGCUACCACAUCAUGCUCCCAUUCAUUACCACCUUCAAAUCUGUGCAGACCACCUUGCAGACUGAUGAAGUGAAAAAUGUGCCUUGUGGGACAAGUGGUGGUGUUAUGAUUUACAUUGACCGAAUAGAAGUUGUGAAUAAAUUGGCACCAUACGCAGUGUAUGAUAUUGUGAGAAACUACACUGCAGACUACGAUAAGACCUUGAUCUUCAAUAAAAUUCAUCAUGAGCUGAAUCAGUUCUGCAGUGCCCAUACUCUCCAGGAAGUAUACAUUCAGCUGUUUGAUCAGAUAGAUGAGAAUCUGAAGCUGGCCCUGCAGAAGGAUCUCAAUGUCAUGGCACCGGGUCUCACUAUCCAGGCUGUGCGUGUUACAAAACCCAAAAUUCCAGAAGCCAUCCGAAGAAAUUUUGAGCUCAUGGAGGCUGAGAAGACCAAGCUGCUGAUUGCAGCCCAGAAGCAGAAGGUAGUAGAGAAAGAGGCAGAGACAGACCGGAAGAAAGCGCUCAUUGAGGCAGAGAAGGCUGCUCAGGUGGCCAGGAUUCACUAUCAACAGAAGAUUAUGGAGAAGGAAACAGAAAAGCGGAUUUCUGAGAUUGAAGAUGCUGCAUUCCUAGCAAGAGAGAAAGCAAAAGCUGAUGCAGAGUUCUAUGCUGCUUGGAAGCUGGCUGAUUCCAACAAGCUAAAACUUACCCCUGAGUAUCUGGAACUAAUGAAAUAUGAAGCAAUAGCUGCCAACAGCAAGCUGUAUUUUGGUGACCGCAUCCCCAACGUGUUUCUGGAUUCCUGUGCCUUCCAGCAAGCCAAUCUGAGGACUGCCCAAGAAACCAACCUUCCUUCACAGGAGGCCCCAGAGACCUCUGGAGAAAACCACCUCAGAACAAAGGAAAGCACUGGCUGA